GUGAGAGGACGACUACGUCACAACAACCGCUAUGGACAUCACUUUCGAUAGAUCACAUGGACCAGAAGCAGACGAACUCGACUCUCACAGAAAAGAUAUCGAACCUCAGCAGCCAGAGCCUCAUAUACAAUUCUACACUCGUCGCCAAUCGCUUUGCCGAGAGAAACGAACGAAUUAAAAAAUGGUGCACCAAACCAGAAUACGACAAAGCGAUCCAAGAACUAAGAAAGAAGCCAAUCAUAAGGAUUGCUGGAGGAAAACUUGAAUGGUGCAGUGUUCCUAAAGUGGGUUCUACUUAUAUGAAAGGUCUGACUAACAACCUGUUUGGGGAAAAACCUCUGUUCAUAAGAAAACCAAAAAAGAACGUCGAUGGUGUGAAAAGGUUCUUCUUUGUGAGGGAACCUUACUCAAGAUUAGUCUCCGGCUACUUGGGGAAAAUCGCCACCCACCCUGUAUGGUGGAAUACUCUAGGCGCGUACAUGACAGCUUAUUUCAAACCACUAAAAGAUAGAUACAAGCCUAAGUGUGGUCAUAAUGUAACCUUCCCGGAGUUCAUUAAGUAUUUUAUACACUCCGAAGAGACAGGGAGGAAGCAAAACAUACAUUUCAUUCCCAUCAACAGGAUCUGUGACAGCUGUGUUGGGAAGUACGACUACAUUGGCCACCUGGAAACCAUCAGCGACGAUCUGAAGUAUAUCUUUCAGACCGUCAAUGAGAGUCAAGACACGUCUGUUUUGGACUCCGAUGCCAUGACAAUCUCGGGUAAAUGUAAAUCUGUAGUUAAAGAUUUCUACGGACAGCGGUACGCCAGGUGUCUAAGCCUGUGCGACGCCAUGAAAAAGGUGUGGUGGUCCUUUCACGUCAGAGGGCUGAUCUCCAAAGACAUCGAAUUUCCAAUCGAUGAGGAUUCUUGCGAUCAAACAACAGGGGCACAUUUUGCCUCACUCGCGUUGAAAGCCAACGCCGAGUCGAGAGGGAAAUUUGAUAAACGUGGGCAAAAACGAGAGUUCUUGAUAUCUUUGUAUAGCCAAGUACCCUUGGAAGACAGAGUGAAAGUUAAAGAACUGCUGGCUCAAGACUUCAAUUUAUUUGGAUAUGACGCACAGCCGGAUUACGUGUUCCCACAGUCAGAGGAAAAUACACAAACAAGAACGUGACAGCUUUGUAGGGUCGUUUCUUGGGUUUUUUUUUAGGAACUAUAAUAAUACUAUUACGUGUAUGUUCUUUUACCCAAGUGUUAUCAUGUCAGAGAGGAUUGAAUCAUAUAAUUAAUGAAUUUCAUUACCACGCUUGCCUUCUUUUACACAGACACACACAGAC